UUGUCGGUGCGUUCAGUACACCGGUUCGUAGUUACUCGACUCGGCCGCGCCGUCGUCGGUUAUUCUUUGCUGUCGUUGACUGUUAUCUGUCGAUAGCAGUUCGGUCUGCCGGUGGGUGGCUUUCAAUUUCGAUACGGUUGAAGGGGUUGCGUUUCCACGUCCGCAAUUAACGGCUUCACCCGUGCUUGUUGAGGAUUGUCACGCUAGACCGGAGUGUUCGCCGACCGUAUAAGCCUGGGAGCCACCAAAUUAGGAAGGAUUUUUGCGCGCUCGUUUUCCUGGUAGCUUACUAGAUUGCAGUCCUGUGGUCGUGUAAUUAAAAUACGGUGGAAACUUCGGGAAAAAAGUGAGGUUUUCGUGUUGUUACAAGAGCGGCGGUGUCAUUUUACCGGGAUUGAACAUUUUGUCUGCAGGAUAGAUCGGAUUUGUCAAUAGCUGGUAAAUCAUUGGAAGCUCGAGUGGAAUUUGAUUAUUAUCUCUUUCUAGUGGACUUUUUGUAACUACACCAGAAGAACUGUGCAACUUAGUCUGCCGCUACGGAUAAGGAUUUUUGUGUUUAACAUCGUAAAAAUAUUUCACAUAGUUCCGUCAACAGGGACCAGCUGCGGUGGAUACUGGAUAGCCGCAAGUCAUGUUUAUGACUCAUUCCACAGCAGCAAUUGUGGUUGUGAAAUGACGUUCCACGGGCCGUCAUGUAAAAAAGUUGUACAACUGUACGGCUAAGAAAGCAGAUUAGUUGUGUAAUUGGUCGAAUUAGAGUGUCUUUCUUAUCCGGCGCUGGGAUCUCUUCGUCGCUGCUCUCUCGGCAACGAAGCAACACCGAAGAGCAGUAAAAUGUGUGCCGAGUGUUUGAUGUUGCUCCAGUUGAUAGCCUUUUUUGUGACUGGUGCUUACGGUGGCUCAUGUCGGGAUGCUGCCCUCUGCUGUAACGGUCGGGACUCAGCCUGUGUCGUACAGAAAGUGCCGCCAAAUGCGAUAACGUCGGACUUCAACGUAAAACCGUGCUACUGCGAUCACGCCUGCUUAAAGUUGGGUGACUGCUGUGGCGACUUCAAGGCAUACUGUGGAGUGAUCGAUUGCGUUGUCAGCGAGUGGAGCCGGUGGAGUGAGUGCGACGCGGUGUGUGGCCCUGGGACGUCCUCCCGCACCAGAACCAUUCGACAGCAAGUGCACAACGGCGGCAAGCACUGUCCUUCGCUGGUGCAAAAACGUGACUGCCAAGGAAGCAGUUGCCGCACCGCCAAUACACUACGGCUACUCGGGGAAACGGCAAAACUACUACCAGUUGCGACCUUACCGCUGCUGAACAGAGUUGAAAUUGGUUCUGCCAUAUCCCCCCGAGUCGAACGAGAGUUAUUGAAUUCGCAUAGCACCUUCAAUCAUAAUCGAGUAGAUGGCUACUGCAUCGCCUUUGAGAUCAUGAAAGUGAGCAAGCACUGCCAAGAGGUCCCUGACUAUCGUACCCUGACCGAGGGUGACCGCGUGGUUGUACGAUGCGCCUCCAGUUUAUCUACCACCAAUGUCACCCCCAUCGACGAUGAGCUCUACAACAGCUCUAUCUCGAGUGAGCACGAUAACGACGAUGGCGAUGGUGAUGAUGAUAAUUACAACCAGAGCACGGAGUACGACACAAGCACCAGUAACACCAUCCGAGCUGUACAGCAGCCAGUGUCACAUCGGUGCCUGGGGGAAGGCCUUACGGGUCGGAAUACACGGUUCACUGCGUUGACCAUGCCCUUAUGCCACGGGAAGUGGCUGCGACUAACGGUUGGAUUGCCGAAAAAGUGCAAACCUAGCGAGUCACAGUUUGUCUUUGUCUAAAAAGUGAAGCCAACACUUCUGGGACAGGAAUGAGAGCAUUGUAUGAAACGAUAAUAUGUGUGAUAUCGUACAAACCUAACAAACGGCGGAUGUGAGAGUACCGUGAAGGAAGCAGAGUCUUUGCCCAUUCGAGACAUAUGAACGUGAAAUGUCUGGUCUGACAGAAUACAUAAAACAAAACAGAAGCUUACCAUAAUAAAUUAAAAUGAUGCUCCUUCGUCAUAAAAGUUAGUCGUAAAACGGAGGAAGAUGUAAAAUGUAAAUAGAUCUUUUCCACUUUGAUAAGAAAUCAACCAUAUUAAAAUCAUGACAUUGAUGCGAAUUCCAUAA